UGAUGUGUUUCAAGAACCAUCAAAAAUCAGAACAUAACAUUUCCUUUCAGGUUUCUUGGGCUUUCUUCGUAGUGUAAUACACAAAAAUGGCCAAAAACAGCUCAAACUCCAAUAACUCGAUCAAAGACAAAACCUUUUCAGGAUUCGGCAAUCUUGUCAAGCUUCUUCCAACAGGAACAGUUUUUAUAUUUCAAUUCCUUAAUCCUGUUUUCACCAACAAUGGUCAAUGUCAUCCCAUUAACAAGUACCUUACUAGCAUUCUGAUAGGGUUUUGUGGGUUUUCUUGUGCAUUCUCUUCUUUUACUGAUAGUUAUAUUGGUAGUGAUGGAUUAACUCAUUAUGGAGUUGCAACUAUUAAAGGGCUAUGGCCACCUACUAAUUCUGGAUCUCUGGAUUUGUCUGCUUAUAAGCUUAGAAUUGGUGACUUCGUUCAUGCUUUCUUCUCUGUUAUCGUUUUUGCCGUACUCUCUCUUUUAGACUCUAAUACUGUCGAGUGCUUUUACCCUUCUUUUGAGUCUACUGAAAAGACUCUGCUUAUGGUGUUACCUCCAGCUAUUGGUGCUAUUUCAGGUGCUGUGUUUAUGCUUUUCCCUAACAAUCGCCAUGGAAUUGGGUACCCUUCUUCUUCUUCUUCAAGCGACUCUUCUUCACAGAACUCCUAGUUUUUCUAAUUAAUUGUUGGUGACAGAGUUUUAAUAGUUUUCCUGUUUGUUAUAAAAUGUUUGUAAGAAGGUUUGGUUUCUUGAAACUUGUAUGAUUGAUUCAAAAUGAAGAGGAAGAAUAAUAUGAUUCCUCUUCAAUUAUGUAAUAAUGAAUUAAGUUUGUCAUUAGUCCAUAAUUUGUUAAUCAAGAAGUAAUGAAGCUUUUAAUUUUCUUCUUCUAGCA